CCCAAUUCUCUUCUCUUCUUCCCUACCUACGACCUGUGCUCCAUACAUGCUUACCUCACCCACAGCUGCACCGACACUGGGUCCCAUUGUGAUAGUCCACCAUCCGACAACAUCAAACUACCACUAUUGAAAAACAUGGAUUCUAUUCGCUCCAUCCAAGCCCGCCAGGUCUACUAUGGUGGAUACGGCCGCAGACGAUACGGCUACAGUCGCUGGAACCAUUGGGGACGAUGGGUACUCCUGGGAGUCAUUCUCCUCGUCGCCCUUGUAGUACUGCUACUCUUCUCAUGCGUGACAGCACGCCGCCGCCGCAAGAUGGGUCGCAAGCCUUUUAUGGGCACCGGCUGGGCAGCGCCUAACAAUGGAGCUAGCAAUGGAGACAGUUACAAGCCUCCUCAGCAGAUGCAGCAGCAGGGGAACAAUAGCCAAUACCCAUCUGGACCAGAUCAGCAGCCUUACUACGCUGGAGGUGGCGGUGGUCAAGCCAGCGAGUACUACAACAGCAACUCUGCGCCCGCCUACGACGGUGUUGCGCAGCCUGGCACCUACCAGGCUCCCUCAUAUCCGCCCCCAGCGCAGACCCGCUGAAUGUAAAUUACGACUGGACGUGACACGACCUGUAUGAUACACAAAUCACCAGAGGAUGGCGUUUAACAGUACGCGCGCAGAAGAAUGUCCCAGGCAAGGCAACAUGGGGAUUGAAGCUGCUAGAAUUGUAAUACUUUGUGGAGGUUGCAAGUUGCAACCGCGUUGCGAUGCUAGGAGGUAAUUAGGCAACCUUCUAUAAUGAAUCUGAUGAAUCGGAAUCCC